AUGAGGAAGCUUUCACAACCACAAAGCGUCAACAAUAUGGAGAGAACGUAUCAGAAUGCCAUAGCUCUCUUGAACACAAGACGUCGGGCGUCCAGCCAGCGCUGGAAAGAUGAGCAGUCUGAAAGCACCAAGAAGCAAGCUCACUCAAGCAAUAUGCUUGGUGUUAAAGGAAAGCCUGCCUUACAUGGCAUGGGAAAUUGGGUAGAACAACUUGGAUAUUCGUAUAAGAAUGUUAGCCUGGACAUUGUACAUGUGGCUGGGACCAAGGGUAAAGGUAGUACAUGUGCGUUUGCCAGCAGCUUUCUUCAACAACGCGGACGUACAUCUGGUUUCCCGGAAAAGAUAGGCCUUUACACGUCACCGCCUCUCAUCACUACACGAGAGAGGAUACAGAUCAACGCUACACCUAUAUCCGAACAACUUUUUACCAGAUACACCUUUGAGGUGUGGGAAAGAUUGUGGUAUCACGCUUCGCAAACCACGGACGGACUUGAGAAUAUGCCCCGAUAUCGCCAGUUUCUAAUGCUACUGUCGCUUCACGUUUUCGUCAAAGAAGAGGUUGAUAUAGCCGUGUACGAAACCCAUAGUGGCGGCGAAUACGAUUGUACCAACAUUAUCAGACCUGCUGUCACAGGCAUCACAACAAUCGGAAUGGACCAUGUCAGAGCGCUAGGGCCGAAGAUUGAAGAUAUCGCUUGGCACAAAGCCGGAAUAUUCAAGCCCGGUGUCCCUGCAUUCUCCAUGGAGCAAAGCCCGGAGGUUGCUGCUGUUUUGAAGAACCGUGCAACUGAGAAGGGUACCCAACUCCACUUUGUUGAUCUUGACGACAGGUUGCCACGCGAAGCGCGGGCAUUGAAGUUCAAGGUGCAGAAGAAAAACGCAUCUCUGGCCAUCUCUCUUGCAGAAACCGUCCUGAAGAAGAAGCUCCUCGAGUCUGAUUGCAGACUAAGCAAAACAGACAUUGUGAAAGGUGUGGACCAUUUCUCAUGGCCCGGACGAUUCCACACUGUCCAGGAUGGAAAUCAUCAAUGGUAUCUAGAUACCGCCCAUAAUGAGCUAAGCCUCAAGGUAGCAACAGAGUGGUUCGCGCAGUCUCUAGCGACUGCCCAGAAAAGGUACGCACUUUAUGACUGUUUGAUUCUUGAGCAGAAGGGGUUUAAUGCUGUUAGGAAUGUUGACACCGCAGCCCAUCCAACCCGAGUUCUCAUUUUCGCUCACAAUUCGGAUCGCGAUAAAACAGCUCUUCUGCGGAGUGUGGUCGAUACUUUGAAGCUCAGCAACAUUCAAGUCCAACAUCAUUGGCAAGCUAACCACACUUGGCCACACUUUUUGCGAUUUCAGCUGACCGUGGUAGAUUUCUACAACACGACUCAGGCGAAGAUUUCAUUGGAUGACCUCCAGGAAUUGGGUCAGAUUUGGAGGCAGCUUGACUCAACAACCCAUAUCUCACUCGAAUCGACUAUAGAGGAAGCACUGCUAUUAGCUGUAACCCUCGCCAAUCCAGACUACGGGCUGCAAGCUUUUAUAACUGGCCACGACCGAUUGAUCGGUCCUGCGCUGAGUAUCUUGGAGCCUUCACAUCAGGAUUUAUAUCUGGGAGAGCGUUCGGGGGAUCAUGAUUAA